GGGUGCCUACAAUGGCUCUCUGCAGUUUUUUUUAUAAAGUCAGGAAUUUGUGAUGAAAAUAAUCAGAUUUCUCUUACAUUAAACAAUUAUCCCAUAUCAUUAAACAGAAGAAAAGCAACUUUGUUUAAAAAAAAACAAUCUUAACCAAUUUUACAUGUUUUUACACCCUUUAAAUAAAACUUUGUUUUCAUUUCAUUUCAUCAUUCAGCCUUCUUCUUGUUGGAACUUGCUACAUCUUGACUUGACAGUCACUUCACCUAGAAGAAAUUCUCCAAAUCUGACAUUUCUUGUCAGCCCAUCUUUCCAACCAGGCUACUGCAGCCUUUGAGAUUUUCCUCAAAUAAACGAGCUUUCACUUUAAUUGCACAGUCCAUGGUAAACUAAAGGCAUAAAAGUUUUGGAAUUACUCAUCAAAUCACAGAAAUGGACAUUUUAACAGGCAUGUGAACGUUUUCAGAGCCACUGCAAUUCCUGUUUAUGAAACUGAAAAACCGAAAUUAAAAAUAUCAAAUAUAUAAUAGGUGAUUAACUUGUGUUUUGUUUUUGUUUUUUCUUUUGAUAUUUCAGUUGUUGAAAAAUGUACUCAGACUGUAAUCUGUCUAAAGUUUGACUUGUUUAGCGGGGGCCCUGCUGUGUUAUUAUGCUCGACCAUGUGGCUGCCGUCACGACGUACCGCAGCCUAUCGGAAUUUCGCCUCCUGUCGUUGUGUCUGCGAAGGCAGCAUCUCAGCCAAAGCUCAGCUGGCUGGCAGACUCCUCAUUCAGCAACCAGCAGCACUGCGAGCGGCAUGGCAAGGGCUUGGGCAGGUGUGGUGAGGGGGUGACGGGCCAACCGGACCAUCAUUAUCAUCACGGGCAGCAGGUGCAGGUGCAGUAUCCUCCAGUCCUGUCCGAGUGAAGACACGCGCUGCUGAUAAGAGUCACUCACACGCUGAUGAUAAAACGAUGCACCAGUCGCCGCCACCGACCAGGUGUUGGAGCAAGGAGCAGGGACGCCGUUAACCUGACAGAAAGCCGACCCGUAUCUAUGUGCUGCGCGCGCUUCUCUCUGGUCCCGUUUGCAGACGAUCGAGAAGAUGCUGAGCCGACUGAUGAGCAGCAGCGUCAGGAGUCUGGACAGGGAAUGCAACUGCACGGUGAGGCUGCUGGACGACUCGGAGUACACCUGCACGAUCCAGCGGGAUGCCAAAGGACAGUACCUGUUUGACCUCAUCUGCCACCACCUCAACCUCCUGGAGAAAGAUUACUUUGGCAUCAGAUAUGUCGAUCCAGACAAACAAAGACACUGGUUGGAGUUUACAAAGUCUAUUGCCAAACAAAUGAAGUCCCAGCCACCUUUCACCAUGUGUUUGCGUGUGAAGUUUUAUCCACCAGACCCCGCUGCUCUGAAAGAGGAAAUCACCAGAUAUCUAGUCUUCCUGCAGGUUAAGCGGGACCUCUACCAUGGCCGCCUACUUUGCAAGACAUCAGAUGCGGCUCUGCUAGCUGCCUACAUAUUACAAGCUGAAAUUGGUGAUUACGAUCCUGGGAAACACCCUGAAGGCUAUAGCUCCAAGUUCCAGUUCUUCCCCAAGCACUCGGAGAAACUGGAGCGGCGAAUUGCUGAGAUUCACAAGACUGAGCUGAUAGGUCAGACUCCUGAAACAUCAGAGCUCAACUUCUUGCAAAAAGCCCAGACUCUUGAGACGUAUGGAGUAGACCCUCAUCCAUGCAAAGAUGUGUCUGGGAAUCCUGCUUUUCUUGCUUUCACUCCAUUUGGAUUCACUGUGCUACAAGGAAACAGGAGGGUCCAUUUUCUGAAAUGGGAGGAGGUAACCAAACUUAAAUUUGAAGCAAAGACAUUCCAUAUAUAUGCAACUCAGAAUGAGGACAGAAAGAUUAUACUUACAUACUUUGCACCUACACCAGAAGCCUGUAAGCAUCUGUGGAAGUGUGGAGUGGAGAACCAGGCCUUCUAUAAGUUGGAGAAGUCAAGUCAAGUUCGUACUGUGUCCAGUAGCAAUCUCUUCUUCAAGGGUAGUCGCUUUAGAUACAGUGGAAAGGUUGCAAAAGAAGUGAUGGAACAAAGUGCCAGAAUCAAGAGGGACCCCCCAGAGAUCCACAGGGCUGGUAUGGUUCCCAGCAGGAGCUGUCCAUCUAUCACUCACGGUCCUCGUCUGACCAGCGUGCCCCGAACCCGAAGGAGAGCUGUACACAUCUCCAUCAUGGAAGGAUUAGAGUCUCUUCGAGACAGUGCCCACUCCACGCCGGUGCGCUCUGUCUCCCAUGGUGACUCCUUCAUGUCCAGCCGGGGCCACCUGGAGGACAGGAGCGAGGCCAGCACGUCAGGAGUGAUCUCCGAUGAGACCUACAGCCCCUCGGACAGUGUGCUGCCCACUCCUGUAGCAGAGCAUGGCGUGGAGCUUCCUUCAGCUCGCCAUCUCAACGGCGCACCCUGCAGCAUCGACGAGGAGAAGGAGUCGGAGGCGAGGGCUCUGAAGGAGGGGCAGGCAGGGGAGUUCAGGCCCGGCAGGAAAGCACCGCGCGUGGUCCGUAGCAGGCCUUCACAAGGCGCUGAUGUAGAGGAUCUUAACAAGUUCGUCUUAAGCGUGCUGCGCCUGUUCCUGGUCACCAUUGGACUGCUGUUCGCCCUUUUGCUGCUGCUCAUCAUGCUGACCGAGUCCGACCUGGACAUAGCCUUCCUGAGGGACAUCCGCAAGACACCAGAGUUCCAGCAGUUUCACUUUGAGUAUUUCUGUCCUCUCCGGCGCUGGUUCGCCUGUAAGCUACGAUGGAUGGGCGGUUUUCUUGUUAGCAAAUGAGGUAAAGUGAUGGAGGAGAGUCCAUGACUUAACACAGGCCUCCGGGGACAGAGAUGGGGCAGUACAGGAGAAAAUAAGAGGAAUGCGACAGCUUUGUUUAUAUUGGCUCUGCUUCUCCCAGGAAGGAGUUCCAGUCACAAGCCACAGACUGCCGUGAUUAUAAUGUAUGACUAUCACUACAUACGUAGGAAAAAAAAAAAAAAAAUCACACUUUAUUUUAGAAAUCCAGGUCAUUUUAAGGUAUUUUAUUUUUACACAAAGUCACAAAUGCAGGGUGAAUCUAAGCUUUGAUGAAAGUCAUUCAGGCUUCGCUUGUUCAGCCAGAGAUAGUUGCCUUUAUUUUUCUAUUCAUUUAUACUUUAUAUCAUUACUGUGAGAGAGGAUGACCUGAGACUUAAGGAAAAGUUAUGAAGAGAGAUUAAAAAAAGAGAACAAAAUAGGUGAUUAGUUAUAUCAAACCAAUAAUGACCUGAAUGAUAAACAACAACCUCGAUAAGUAUUGGUAACCCUUCAUAAAAAUGUGCAAAAAGCCUUGAAUCUUUUAUUGCAUUAGCAUAAUUUUAUACAUGACCCGACAUUUAAUUGACUUUUAAUUCACUUUUUUUAGCAGUAUAAAACAAAUUCAUUUAUAAUAGGUACUUAUUUUUUAUUUUUUUGCAAAAUCAGCCGUGCCAAACUUAUUGUCAAUUAUGAAUCAAAACACAGGCAGAUAAUCCCUACAAAAUAUAAAUGUAAUAGAAGCAUAGAUUUUUAGAUUUAUUUUUUAAAUUUUGGUUAGCGUUUGGAAACUAUAAUUUAUAAUCAAUAGUUUCCAGGUCCUCAAAUUAAAAUAAUUUUUCUAACGUAUUCAGUGUGAAAUUAUGCUACUUAAACAAAAGGUAGAUUUGUUUUAGGGCUUUUUAUGCAUUUUUACCAACAGUCAGCAUAAACGUAGAAAGGUGGUGUUUAGGCUGCCACUAGAAGACAUAUGCAGGGGUGAUUAGAACCAAGAAACAUCACAAAGUGAUUAAUUAAACAAGUUUUGAACUAGAUGAUCUGUUUAUACUCAGUUAAAACAACUACAAACAGUUAUUCAUCAUCACUUUAUGAUUCAGAGUGAUGCAGGUGCUACCCUGUCAGCUGGUUUGAACAAUGUUCGUCAGUUUAACUGUGUCCAUGCUCAGGUGUUCGUCAGAUGUUCUCACAUGAUCAGUUUAGUCCAAACACUACUGGACCAUCAAAGUCUACAAAACAAAAUAAGUCUUUCAUAAGAAUACAUAUAAUAUAUCAAAGUUAUAAGUUUACUGCUUAUUAAAUAGGAGCCAAAUAACACAAUCAGUUUCUGUGUGAAGAGUUGGUGCCACUUUGCUGUAGUUUGAAGGGAAAACGUGAGUUAAUAAUGUAGUGGUAGUCAAGUUUUUGGUUAGUUCUCCUCUCAAAAUCUAUAGAAAGUUCAUCUUGAUGUGCAAUAAUGUUAAAAAUCCAAAAUACUUUCUACCUAAGGAAAUUUGACUUUGUAAAAUUUGAAAACUUUGUGCUAUUUUCCCACAGUGUUAAGAGAUAGUUUUAUGUCAGAACCCUACAGAAGUGAGUCAUUUACGUUUGUGUUACCCUGCUGUUCCUAAAAUCAUGCAUUUAUUUUAAGGUUUAGUAUAUUUAAAUGGCGUUUAUUUUUGUACAAAUUGCUGUCAGUUUAACCUAUGGACGCCUCCUCACAGUGGCUGUGACAUGUUUUUACAACAAAAAUGUUUUUAAGGCACUCAAUAGAAAGCAAUCAUUGUUUAUAUCCAACACAGCGUUGUUCAUCGCCACGCCUACCAAAGAAACCUCUGUUGUUUCACAGCCUGUUUGCAUCAACAGAUGAACGCUCUUCUAGUCUGCUGACUGUCUUCAGCCUUAUUACUCUGAUUUUUUGCAAGCAAACCUACAAUGUGUCUUUAUUUUCCAAAAAAAAAAAAAAAAAAAACAUAAACUCCAAAAGUCAGUGUUCACAGUCAAGUGUGUGUCCUCAGGAUGAAAAAAAAACAAAAAAAAAAACAAAUGCUAAACGCCAGUGAAGUGUAUUAGCAGAUGUGGAACAUUAUGCUUUAAAAAGAGACAUGAUAUGAUUUUAUUGUUUGGUUGAGAAAUUCUAGAUAUAUAUAUGCACAGGUAAAUAGGAUUGAUGGUUACUGUGUAAUUUGCAUUUUUUCCAAACGAAAAAUCAACCUCUCUAGAGGCAGCGGUAUGAAUUUUAUUGCUUUUACAUGGUAAAAAAUAAAAAAAUUCUGCUUUUUACUUUGUAGCUCUAGGGAGUUUCAGUAACAUACUUCCAAUAAUAUUUGUGCAGUUGAAACCAUGUUUACAUGCACUAAAUAUAUAAAAAAACUUUUCAUUUUGUCUCGAUGUAACAUGCAGUAAGAUUAACUUUUCCUGUUUCAAAUUAUUGUCAUUUGCUAAAAUCCAUAUUACUUUCUUCACAGUCAGAAGAUCAUACACAACUUUAAACUGUUUUUAAAAACUCAUUGAAAUAUGUCAAUGCUUUGCAGAGUGGUUAAUUCAAGGAAGUUAAAUGGAGGCGCACCUCAAACAUGUUGCUACUCUGUAUCUCAAGAAAAAAAAUGACUGAAAUCAGCCAAUGUAUGAGGAAGAGAAUUAUGCAUUUUCAGAAGUCUUAAAGUUUCCCAUUUCACCUGUUCAAACAUUUAUAGCCAGUAUCAACAGCAUGAGAUUGUGAUGCCAUCACAUUUUACAGCAACGAGACAGGAUCUAAGAGUGGAGUGUGUUUGGUGCAAAAUGUGCCCAUCAACCCCAGAUGAAAACCUAAAGCUCCUGUGAGACUCUUCUCUGAUGCUGAUGAGUGUCAAUAUCCACAGUGAAACAAGUCAUGCACCACGAUGGACUGAAAGGCCACUCCACAGGGGAAAAGACCUUACUCAAAAAGCAACAUUAGAGAGCUAGUUUGCAUCUUGCAAAUAUCCACAUUUGUAUAAAAAAGUCCUGUGAUGAAACUGAAAUUGAACUGUUUGGCCAUAAUGACAAUUGUUCCCACCGGAGGAAAAACAAAGCCAAUGUUUUAGAAUGGCCGUCACAGACCGACUCAGUAGCUCCAAUUAUAAAAGAAGGAAUGGGCCAAAAUCCCAGCAAGCUGCUUACAGCUUGUGGAAAACUUUUCAAUUAGUUUAAAAGCAAUGCAACCACAUUUUAAAGUUCUUCUGACUUUGAAGAAAGCUAAAGUGAGAAAAUUAUCUCAUUCUGGCCUUUAGGUCAGCAAAGCUAACUUAAAUAGGACAGAUUUAUUCUGAUUUAAUAAGAGUCGUCUUUUUUUUUCUUUUCUUUUUAAAAAAACACAGUCCAUGUAUACAACUGGUUUCAACUGCAUAUUUCAGUAGGCUACUCAUAUUUAAGCUUUAAUUCAGUUUGUGCCAGACGGCAUUCUAAAAACAAAGAAAUUGCCAAUCAAGCAGGAACAUUUGCUUGUUGCUUACAUUUGUGUUUAUGUGUAAUAAAAUGUGCUCAAUAAGGGGUGCCCAAGUCUAGUUCUCUAGUCAAGCAAAUUAAUUCGAUUCAGGUGUGUUGGAGAAGGAAUACGUUUAAAAGUUAGAGACUAAAUUUGGACACCCCUGUCCUAUAUAAACAAAAUGUUUCAGAUUCUGUGGUAAAAACGUCUGACUAGUUAAAUGCAAAUCUUUGCCUUCAAGGCUUGCUAAACAUUUACGGUGCAUCAAAGAAUACUGUAGAGGCAUGUUUGGAACAGAUUUUGGUCCCCGUUCUUAGAAAAACCUUUUAACGUAAAAGCCAGUUUUGUUGUUCUUUGUCUUCUCUAUAAAUCAGAUUAAUUUAUGCAAUUUGAUUAAAUGCAAAAUGUUUUUGUGAGAGUCUGUUUUCAAGAGUUCAAAAGGGGAACCCAUUGAAUUAUCAUUUGCCUUUAGUACAAAUUUUGUAUAUUUUAUUGCAGCAGGGUAAAAAAAAAA